AUGUCCUCUCCUCCGCCGCCAUCACCACCCAAGCAGGUGGCUCCAAAGCCAUCCGCACCAAAGAAGCCGGCCAGCUCGGGACUUUUUGUCCCCAAAAACAUCAUCAGACGUGCCCAAGGCACACCUCUUCGCGCCGGUGCCCUUCCCUCUCGCCAGCCCUCCCUCCCUCUCCUCUCCGAGUCGACCAACCCCGUCGACAUCAACGCCGCCAGGCCGACAGAAACCGGCGCUGUUCCGGAAGCAGAGCUUCCACUCUCCCGCUCUCCCGCUCUCCCGCCCGUCGUCCCGUCGAUCCCGCCUCCGCAUCCGGCUCCAGCCACAAUGGCUUCUGACAGCGGCGCAAGUGGCUACCAGCAGCCAGAUACGGUCGAGAGCCUCAAGCACGCGAACGAGGACUACUACGUCAAGCUCACCGCCCGCGAUGCCGAAAUCGACGACCUCAAGAGAGAUCUCGCAUUCAGAAAGGACGUGGAAAAGGCAACCAACAAGAGAGUCGCCAAUCUCGAGGCCGAGGUAGCGCAGUGGCAUCAAGACCGCAUCGAUCUCAACAAGCGCUUGGGAGAGGCUCAGCGCGAUGCGAUUGCGGCGAAGAAAGAAACGGAUGAACACAUCAAGAAGAACAGAGACCUCCAGUCGGUAUUCACAACUACUCAGUCCGAUCUUGACGAUAGGAGUCAAGCUUUGCACAAAGUACAGGACGAUCUGGACAGCGCCACAAACGUCAACAACCAGCUGCAGCUCCAGCUUGCAACGUUCAACCAGCAAACAACAGGACUGGUAGAGAAAGCAAGCUACUACGACAAUGCCACCGACUUCGUCCAGGAGAUCAACAGGAUCGUGGAGCCAACUUUCGCCGAGAUGGGAUGGGAGCUGAACCCAGCAAACAUCAUCGAACAUUUUGACAACAUCAACAAGCAAUACCAGCAGCCACAGAUGCAGCGCAAUUUGUCAGGAACCAGCCUCAACUCCGAUUCAGGCGAAGCUCCUAAGAUUUCGCGUCCGAAGACUGGCAACCGCAAGAUCUCAAUCGCAGACGAGCUUCGCAGCGACGACGAGAUGGACAUUGACGGCGCCGACGACCUUCCUGAGACCGAUGCCGAGCUGGUAGCCAAGCUUCACACCGCGCAUCAACGUAUUGCCGAACUCGAGUCAGAGCGCGCUCAACUUCGUACCCAGAUCUCCCAGGCUGAAGCUACACGUACGGACUCCGACAGCAAAGCCCCAGGACACGCCGCAGAGCUCUCCAGCCUCCGCGAACAGGUCAUCCGGCUCAAUACGGAAAGCCAGAACUACCGCCAGCAGAUCGCCAUCCUCGAAGCCCAGACGAAGCAGGACAGUGUCAAGAUCACCACGCUUGAAGGUCAGACAAAGCAGGACAUGGCGAAGAUCACCAGCUUGGAGAGUGAGAAAGCAGGCUUGGCCGAAAAAGUCGCAUCUCUUCAGUCAUCCACGUCUCGUGCCACCAAGCCUGAUACCCAGAGCAAGAUCAGCUCGGAGAACGUCAUGUUGAAGGACGAAGUCAAGAAGCUCACCGAGAAGAAUGAGGCACUUCAGAACAAGAUGACCUCAACAGAAGGCAUCUCAGCACAACUCAAGGCGCUGCAGAAGAAGGAGACGGAUGAGCUCAAGCAGCGCAGCGACGAGAAGGAGACCCACGUCGUUCAGAUCAAAGCACUUGAGACUCAAAUUGCCGCCCUCACAAAGCAGAACGAGAACUCGCCGGAGCCAGCAAAGCCGAGCACCGCUCAAGAUGCUGCCGAGAUUCAGAAGCUCGAAGCACGCAUUGCUGAGCUCGAAGGACAUGGCAAGGAGCACACGCGCCAACUUGGCAUGAGCGAGACGGCCAAGUCAACGAUGAAGAUGGACUACGAGCGCGAGAUUGAGCUGAUCAACAAGAGCAAAAAGACUUUGGCCGCGGAGAAGGAAACCGCCCAGAAGAACGCCGCAGCCAAGAUCAAGGAACUUCAGACCGCCCUCGCGAAAUCCACUUCCAAGACCAACAGCACGCAACCCGCACCCAUCAUCCGCUAUGUCACCAAGCGUCGUGAGCUGGACUUCUUCCACUGGUGGUACGAAGCUCCAGAGUGGCUGCACCUCCUCUUCUACGCGCUCAUCAUCUCGUUGCUGUUCGCCAACGCUUCUUCCUGGUUCAUCAGCCACGCAUGGAUGAUGGCGAACGAUGCCGUCUUGGAGCACAUUCGCACCAUGCGUUUCUUCGAGACCCCUCCCGUUGUCCACAGUUGGGUCGAGUCUCUCGUGGGUUUGCACUCGGGUUCGCUUGGGUAGCGGCAAAGGUCACGCACAACAACGAAAAACAGAACGAAGGCAGUACAGCUCGUCAGCGACGAAGAUCGCGCGGCAUCGAAUGCUCUUUGGCAGCACAUUGCAACAGUAAGGCGUUUCAUGGGAGAAAGAGAAAGAUCAACGCGGGUCUUCCAUCGGCGCAUAUGCAUGGUAUGGAGCAAGGUGCUUUUUUGUUUUGUCCUUUUAUUGCGAAGAGAACGAUACCCAUACGGCGAGAGAUUUCUUCAUCAUGACCAGGACAGGACGGUCAGACGUGGUGUUCAGGUCGGCUACACGAGUUUUGAGUAGCACAUAUCAU